AUGUCCCGCUCCCCAUCAUGGUCCUCGGCCUCACAGCGGUCGAAAAUGGAGGGGAGGGACUCUGUUGCUCGUUCCUCUCACACCUCUGAUGUUGAAAGGGCCACGGAGAGCCCAGAUGUAUGUGAUAUGGAAGAAGCAUUUAAUAUUACAUCACUAACCCCAUUACAACAAAGGAUUAGAAAAAUUGCCACUACCAAGAUGGAUGACACCAAUGAAUCAGAUAUUGCCACAACGAAGAUGGCCACCACUCUAGCAUAUGAUAUCACUGACACAUCCAAGAUGGCCACCUCCACAUCCAAGAUGGCAGAUGCAACAUCCAAGAUGGCCUCUACAGGUUUUAAAGCGAUGAUUUAUAAUCCAACAAUGCCACUUGAAAUGGCAGAAGACUUACCCCCAUCAGCAGGUGUGAUAAUACAGCUCAUACAGAAUUUAAGAGUAGAUUUAAAAAAUGAUUUUAAAAAGGACUUUGAUACAAUGUAUGGAGUUUUGGAAAACAUUGGCCAAAUCUAUAGAUCAUAGAUUGCAUGUCCAAGAAAAUUCCCACCUUGAAUUGGUUAACACGGUGAAAGAACUCCAGAAACAAGUCACCCAACAAGCCGAAAAAAUGGCGGAUGCUAAGGAUAGAAGUAGAUGCAACAAUUUGAGGUUCAGGGGGAUCCCUGACAAUGUUGAUACUCCAGAAUUGCUGAACUACUUUCAAUCCAUGGUCAAGGCAGUUCUACCAAGAACCACCAAUUUGGAUUUACCUGUGGGACGAAUUCAUAGGCUACCUAAGCCCAACAAUGCAGAUGCAGCGGCACCCAAGGAUACUAUUGCUAGACUCCACUUCUUCCAUAUAAAAGAAGAACUUCUACGUUCAACUCGCACAUCUGGUCUACCUGGGGAAUACAAAAAUCUACAAAUAUUCCAAGACUUCUCGGCCUAUACAAUGAGGCGCCGCAGGAAAUUCCAGCCUUUUACAGCUGAACUACAGCAGAGAGGAAUACGCUACAGGUGGGGAUUCCCUGUGAAAGUGCUCUUUCAUAUGGAUGGCAGGAAUUUCAGUGUUACAUCACAAGAGGAAGGUAUGAAAUUUCUUGCCUCCAGAAACAGACACCAAGCAAAGACACAUGCGCUCUCACCUUCAACUCCAGCGCACGCUCAUAAGAAGAGUAAAGCGGAUGAUACUUGA